AUGCAGUUAUCCGCCCGAAACCCCGAGCUCGCAGAGAAGAUCUCACAGAUGCGCCUCACCAUCGCGCCCAUCGUGCAUGUCCAAACCGGCCAGCCCGGCCCCGACUUCCCACCCAUGAUGCUAAACCUCUUCCUCCUCACCGAAGCCCAGCUCGACCAACUCGCACACUUCUACUCGCAAUCCACGCCCGACGUCUUCACAAACCAAUAUCCCCAGACGAUGGAUUGGUCCAAGCCGUUCCUUGAGAUAAACAAGUCAUUACCUGAGAACUGCAGGCUCGACGAGCUUGAACGCGUAAAGGUCAAGAUGCGCAUGUUUGCGAGGUUUAUUGGCAUGCGCGGUGCGGAGACGCCGAGCUGGGAGUAUGAGAGGCAAGUAGAGAUUUUGGGGAAUAAGAUUGCGAGGAGCAUACAAGAGGAGGAGAUGAGUUUGCGGAAAGUUUACAUGGGGCCUGGAUAUAAGUCGUAG